UGACGGCAGUGGCGGCGGCGGCCGAGCGGCGGCGCAGGAUGGCGGCGGUGGCCUAUGAGACUCUGAAUUUGCAUGUGACCCCAGAAAAAUUUUAUGUAGAGCCUUGUGAUGAUCGAGUAGAUGACGUGCUUGUCAUUGAUCGUGUCUCCACAGAGGUGACCCUCACAGUGAAGAAAGAUGUUCCUCCGUCAGCUGUUACAAGACAAAUAUUUGGUAUCUUGGGAACCAUCCGGCUGGUGGCAGGGAGUUACCUCAUCGUAAUUACCAAAAAGAAGAAAGUAGGUGAAUUUUUCAGUCAUGUAAUAUGGAAAGCAACAGAUUUUGAUAUCCUUUCUUAUAAGAAGACUGUCUUGCAUUUGACUGAUAUUCAGUUACAGGACAACAAAACCUUCCUUGCAAUGAUAAACUAUGUCUUGAGCAUGGAUGGGUUUUAUUUUUCAACAACAUAUGAUCUGACACAUACUUUACAACGGUUAUCCAACACCAGUCCAGAAUUUCAAGAAAUGAGUCUGUUGGAAAGGGCAGAUCAGCGAUUUGUUUGGAAUGGCCAUCUUCUUAGAGAAUUAUCUGCUCAGCCAGAGGUCCAUCGGUUUGCUCUCCCUGUCUUAUUUGGAUUCAUCACAAUGCACUCUUGUUCCAUUAAUGGAAAAUAUUUUGAUUGGAUUCUCAUCUCAAGGAGAAGCUGCUUCAGAGCAGGAGUGCGCUAUUAUGUGAGAGGAAUAGAUUCUGAAGGCCAUGCUGCCAAUUUUGUUGAAACAGAGCAAAUUGUGCACUACAAUGGGAGCAAAGCAUCAUUUGUUCAGACAAGAGGAUCCAUGCCCUUUUUCUGGUCCCAGAGACCAAACCUCAAGUAUAAGCCAAGGCCACAGAUCAACCAAAUGGCCAACCACAUGGACGGCUUUCAAAGGCAUUUUGACUCACAAAUAAUUACUUAUGGAAAACAACUCAUUAUUAAUCUGGUUAACCAGAAGGGUUCAGAGAAGCCACUUGAGCAGACAUUUGCAAAAAUGGUAGACUCCUUGGGAAAUGGAAACAUCAGAUAUAUUGCAUUUGACUUCCACAAGGAAUGUAGUAACAUGAGAUGGGAUCGUCUGAAUAUUUUGCUGGAUCAAGUAGCCGACUUUCAAGAUGAAUUUAGUUAUUUUCUAGUGGAUGCUCUUGGCAAAGUGGUGACAAAUCAGGAAGGAAUAUUCCGUAGCAACUGCAUGGACUGUCUGGACAGGACCAAUGUGAUCCAGAGCAUGUUGGCCCACCGCUCUCUUCAAGCCCAGCUCCAGAGAAUGGGCGUUCUGCACGUAGGACAGAGGAUCGAAGAACAAGAUGAAUAUGAGAAAAUUUACAAAAAUGCAUGGGCGGAUAAUGCAAAUGCUUGUGCCAAACAAUAUGCUGGAACGGGUGCCUUGAAGACUGACUUUACCAGGACUGGGAAGAGAACUCAGUGGGGGCUGGUGCAGGAUGGCUGGAAUUCACUUGUGCGCUACUACAAAAACAACUUUUCUGAUGGCUUUCGACAGGAUUCCAUAGACUUAUUUCUUGGAAACUAUUCAGUGGAUGAAAUAGAACAUAAUAGUCCCCUCCAUGUACAAAAGGACUGGAAAUUCUUGGCUUUGCCUAUUAUCAUGGUCGUUGCCUUCUCAAUGUGCAUUAUCUGUUUGCUUAUGGCUGGUGACACGUGGACAGAGACAUUGGCCUAUGUGUUCUUCUGGGCGUUUGCAAGCAUUGGAACAUUUUUAAUUAUCAUUUACAAUGGCAAAGAUUUUGUUGAUGCACCCAAACUGGUCCAAAAAGAAAAGAUAGACUGAAUUUGUACCUGUGGAAAGCGGCUUGGCUUAGAAGAUUCCACUAUUCAGAAUUGGAGUCUUUACUGAUCUGCUUUCCACAUCAAUAAGGGGUCUUCUUAGCUUUUUUUAUCUUUAGAAAAAGCAAAUUCUAUACUUUAUUUAGAGAUGUGGCAUACAAUUGAGAUCCGGUAUUACAUCCUUCUUCAGAAUGAUCUUUUACAUAGUGCAUCAGUUGGGAAUGGGACCCUCCUGAUUGGAACCAUGCAGGCCAAAGCCUUCGGGAUGUUUUUGGCUUAAAGCCUGCUAGGAUUUCAACCUGGAUCCCACUGCCCAGGCUGGGAGGAAUCUAUUUACCCAACUGUUGCAGUAUUGGUAAUGUAUAAACUAAAUUGAGCUUCUUUCACUAUUUAAAAUAGUAAAAUUAUUUUUCUAGCUGAGUUUCCUUCUUGUCAUCUCAGAAGCAAUCACAGUUGACAAGCAUAUGCUGUGGACUUUUGUUAAAAGCGAACACCUGUUAAAUGCUAAUAACUUCUAUGAAAAAAUUAAUCUUGAUUCUUCUAAGAGUUUGAUUAAAAUCUUCUAAGUCUUCAUUUGAGGAGGGAGAGAACAGGGAUUUCUGGAUAUUCCAGUGAAAGUCUGAAUUGGGCUGCUUCCCUCCCAUGCUCUCCUGACACUAUUUUCUAAUUGCAGUUUAACCAACCAUUUAAGAGUGAUGAGAGUUUAGAUAGAAUUAUCUUUUCUUUUUAAAGAUGUAAAUGAAAUCAAAGAAGAAUGUAAAGUCUCUUUUCCUUGUGAUGUUCUGCUCUUAUGCUAAAGGCCCAAAGCUCACCUGUGUUGGAACAGUUGUCGCAGGGGCAGAUGCUCCAGUUGGCUGCUCCCCAAACCUUCCCUGAAUGUUUCUGAGGGGCCUGAAGGGUCACUUGCCCAGCGUCCGAGAGCCAUGGCUUUGGGAGGAGGCCUCCGCUUUGCUUUUGGGGUAGCAGCCUCACGUCCAUGCAUUGGAUUGUGGACACUGUUGAUGGCAUAAAGAAUUUCUGCUGUUCUUCAGUGUGUGUCUUAGAUUCAGAGCUUCCAAGUCAUUCUAGUUCCCUUAAUCAAGGACCAACUUUAACUUUGAUUUAUGUGCAAAAACAGACAGGAAAUAGGCUUUCAAAGCUGUGCAUAGUUCUAAUUGUGGAUACAGCUGUCUAUUCAAAUUGCAAUUAUGGAAUCCAACAUUCUAAACAUAUAUAAGAUAGUAGGUUAAUUGCCACCCUUGAAAAGAUAAUUCACUUAAUGCACUGCUACAACGUGUCCGUGUCGUGCUUGAAAAUCCGUGCAGCUUCUUUGUUUCGAGUCCCGAUUCGUUUUAUCGUUAAAUGUUUCUAAAAGCCCCUUCGUUGCAUCAUUAUCUUUUGUAAGCACUCAUGACGAGAAACUGUUGCUUUUAGAAACUAUAAUGGAAAUAAUAGUUGAAAAAAUCCUGCAUAGUUUAAAAUCAAUUAUCAGAGCUCAUAAUGACUAAGAAAUAAACGGACUACCUGUUCUUAACAUGUAAAUAAAUGUAAUUUGCUCCAAAGACGGAUGGACUAUGGAACCUGCCCAUGUCUACUGUAGUACAUAAUCCAAAAGCUUUUAGCCAUUUCAUGCUAAAAACUUGUUUCAUCCACUACAACAAAGACCAAAUUGGAACUGCAAAUCUGGCUGCUUUGCAAGAAAUGGAUUACUUUAGGUUUCUUAGUUUCUAGGGUGUAUCUUUCAGAAUUCUACAGUGGUUUUAUUUCCUAUAUUGUAUAUCUGCAAAUGACAAUAAAAUUUCACUCUCUUUUCUAACUCCUGA